AUGGCGUCCGCUACUGCCACUGCAGUCCCGUCCUCAGUGCUCAAGCAACCCGUCAAGGUUGCCUGCGUACAACUCACCCCGGGCGCUGAUAAGGCCGCCAACCUCGACUACGCUGCCUCGCGCGUUGCUGCCGCUGCCAAGUCCGGCUCUCGCAUCAUUAUCCUCCCCGAGUGCUUCAACUCACCUCUUGGCUGCAAGUACUUCGCUCAGUAUGCCGAGACACUAAGGCCCUUCCCACCAAGCCGCGAACAGUCGCCAUCCUUCCACGCCCUGUCUGCUAUGGCUGCCGACAAUAAGGUUUACCUGAUCGGUGGCUCUAUUCCAGAGGCUGACCCGGAUUCGGGCAAGUACUUCAAUACGAGCCUGAUAUUCGGUCCGGAUGGCAAGCUACUCGAUAACUUUCGCAAGAUACACCUAUUUGAUGUCGACAUUCCCGGCAAGGUGACCUUCCGCGAGUCUGAGGUCCUCAGCGCCGGAAAUAGGAUCGCCCUCGUGUCCUUUCCCGAGUACGGCACUAUCGCGGUCGCUAUCUGCUAUGAUAUCCGCUUCCCGGAGCUCGCUACUAUCGCCGCUCGGAAGGGUGCCUUCGCUCUAAUCUAUCCUAGCGCCUUUACCCUCACCACGGGCGCGAUUCACUGGCAGCUACUUGGUCGAGCCCGCGCCAUCGACAACCAAAUAUACGUGGCUAUGUGUAGCCCCGCGCGCGACUUGUCUGCCCCGUUCCACGCCUGGGGUCAUAGCAUGAUAAUCGACCCCAUGGCCAAAGUGCUUGUUGAAGCCGACGAGAAGGAUACUAUCAUCGAGACGGAACUAGACGGCGACAGCAUCAUCGAGGCUCGACGGAACAUACCACUGUAUGCUCAGAGGCGGUUUGACGUCUACCCGGACGUGAGUCAGGGCAAGAUACGGUUUGACGAGACCUGCCCGUAG